GCAUGCUGUGUUUAAUAUUCAACCCUACUUUUAGAGCUUGUGGGUUUUUGCCUGAAGGGGAUUCUGGGUUUAGCGACGGGUACGUCUUCCUGUACAUGCAGCUACACUAGGAGAACAUAUUGUACCAAAACUGAGGUUGUAGUUUUUCGGAACGUCGUCAGAGAGGAAAAAGCUCUUUGAAAGAUGUUCUCGGCACUCCAGAGCAACGUGAUGGUACAGCUCGCUAAGGCUGCAGCCGAGUCACGCCCGGUACAUCUUGUCCGAAUGGCCACGACGUCGUGCCCGGUGAACGCAGCGCAAGCCGGCGUCUGUCCUCUAGCCAACCACGACAUACGGACAUCUGCUGACGUUCUAACGCCACCGGCUUCACGCGUGGACGCUACCAGCUUUAGGACUACGGGGGCAAACGCGCUGUCCACGGCCAAACCAUACGACGAGAUGCCUGGCCCAAGAGGGUUACCCGUACUCGGGUCACUGCUAGACUACACCAAACUUGGAAACUACUCCUUAGAGAAGAUGCACGAAGCCAUAGUAGACCGGUUCAAACAGUACGGUCCGAUAUAUAAAGAGAACAUUGCCGGAGCAGAAGCAGUCCACAUUCUCGAUCCGAAGGACGUGGCUGAUUUGUUCCGGAUGGAAGGCAAGACACCGCGCCGGAUUAUCAUGGAACCCAUGGCACACUAUAGGAAGAUCCGAAAGAAGAAUGCCGGAAUAGCAAACCUGCAAGGAGAGCAGUGGAAGACGUGGAGAUCCUCGCUUCAACAUGUGAUGCUGAAACCAAAUAGUGUAGCCACUUGGAUCCCUAGCAUGGAGGAAUGUGCCACAGACUUCAUUGACCUCAUGGCAGCACAUCGCGACCAGAACGGGGAGGUACCAAACUACCUCGGCCAAAUCUACAAAUGGGCAUUGGAGUCCUCCUUUUCAGUCAUCUUGGGUAAGAGAAUAGGUUGUCUAAACCCCACAGCUGAAGAUACCAACUCCGAGGCAGCGAACCUCAUCUCAUCCACAAUGGACUUCUUUACCGGUCUCUGUAACCUCACCUUCGGCUUCCCUCUCUACAAGUACGGUAUCAGGACCAAGGCAUGGGCAAACUUUGCCGCGGUACAAGACUAUAUCUAUAAUAAAACAGCGGAACACGUCACACAAUACAUAAACGACAUGAGAGAACGUGACGUCACAUCACCUACUGCCAAUCAGACACAAGGGAGCGAUCAGAAGGCCACGGUUAUAAACUAUCUACUUACAAAGGACAAUUUUGAAUUCGAAGACAUCUGUACUCUAACGAACGACUUGCUAUUUGCGGCUAUAGAUACGACGUCAAACCUUCUGGCGUUCUGUCUUUACUGUCUGGCAAAGAACCCGGAAGUACAAGAACGUCUGUACGAAGAGGUCUCUAGAGAGCUUCCGGUAGGGACGCCCGCUACGGCAGAAGCUCUACAGAACAUACCGUACCUAAAGGCAUUCGUCAAGGAGACAGUGAGAGUUUAUCCACCAGUUGACGGAACCAGCAGAAUAUCAAAUCAUGACAUCUCGAUUAGAGGUUACAGAAUACCAGCGAAUACGUUAGUCCGGGUACACUGUCUAUCCGGAAGGAUGCCCCAGUAUUUUAAGGACCCGGAACAAUUCAAGCCGGAACGUUGGAUUCGGGGACACGAAGACUGCGAGAACAUCGAUCCGUUCCUGGUGCUACCGUUCGGAACCGGGUCAAGAAUGUGUGUCGGACGGAGGCUAGCCGAGCAAGAAAUAUACCUGUUAAUGGCGAGGCUCGUCCAGAGAUUCCGUGUGGAGUGGCAUCACGAAGACAUGGACUAUCUGUUCCGACUCACCAACGUCCCCAGUCGACCGCUGGAACUCAGCUUUGUCGACCGCGCAUGAGUAGUGAACUUUUGACAUCGAUGAGACAUGCGCAAACACCUAUGGAUCGCUCGCCUAUACUUGGGGGCGAGAGCAUGACAUCUAUUCAGGGAUCAUCACGACAUUGCCAAACUGGAGUUUAUUACCCGAUAAAGGGACGGUACAUCAAAA